AUGCAAGUUCACAAACGGUCACGCACUCCGUCGGGAGGCAUUGUGUUGGCUGUUACCGCCGAGAACCCUGACGACAUUUGGUGCAUCUAUAACCUGCUGGCGGAAGGUGACGAGAUCGUCGUGUUCACGUCGAGGAAGGUGAAGAGGGAGAACGUGAGCUCCGGUGCAGUGAGUCAGGAGGUCAAGAAGUUCAACAUCCAUCUGUCCAUCGAGCGCAUUACGUAUGCAUCAUCGGACGACGACCUUCAAGUUUCCGGUAAAAACAUCUCCGACAACCCAUACGUUAAGAUUGGACAGUACCACACCGCCGAGAUUCGACUACACUCCAAGAUCACGCUAACGAAGCAAGUCUGGAACUCAUAUUACGCCGACAAGUUACGGGAAGCGACCGAUUUGGCAGGGCAGGCUGAGCAGGCGUUUUUGGUGCUGGACACGGGGAAGGCGUCGCUGUUCCUGGUGCUCCGUUAUCUCACGAAGGAGGCGUUCACAAUUACCCACAACAUACCCAAUCGCAAGAUUUCCGACAUCCGGUAUUCCCACCACCAGAAGGCUGAGGAAUCAUUUUUCAAGGCCGUGAUCCAGAAACUGCACGACUCGAUCAAUUUCGAGGUCACGCGCACUGUGAUCAUCACCGGCCCCGGGUUCACUAAGACGAGCUUCUACGAGUACCUGCGUGACAACUUGAUUCGCCUGGGAUACAACGACCUGCACCGUCACCUGAAAAGCUUCGUCGUCUGCGGCUCCACGUCGUCCGACCGCCGCGCCAUCGGCGAGGUGCUGAGCAACGAAUCCUUUGCCGAGCGGCUUUGCAGCCACCAUUACGUGGAGCACAACAGGGCGGUGGAAGCGCUGCGGAAACGUCUGGAGGCGAACGACGACACCGUUGCCAUCGGCCUGGAGGACGUCAUUAGGGCCACCGAGCUUGGCGCAGUGGAAACCGUCCUGAUCUCGGAGGACCUGAUCCGCAAAGGCAGCACCGAAACGCGCAAAAGAGUCCAUAAGUUUAUUGAGGACGCGAAGAAUCAGGGCGCACGCGCGUUUUACUUCUCGGACGAGCACUUCUCUAGCGAGUUCCUGAGGACACUCACCGGUGUGGCGGCCCUGCUUCGCUUUGACAUAGGCGAGGCACCAGAAUAA